AUGUCGACACGGCAGGGUUCAUCCCCAAACCCCGCCUUGAGAACCUCUCUUCCAACCGCCUUCGCCUCGGUCGUCGAAGAAUCCUCCUACGCACACCCAACCCAAGAAGAACAAGAUAAAUACCUCCAAGCUCGCCCAGGCGCAACCGCACGCCACCUAGGCAUCGCCCUCCAACAUGCCCAACAGAUCCAAGCCCAGAAAGAUGCCGAGGGCAUGAUUCUAGAUCAAGAUGUCCAGUUAUUCAAAACCGCCUUACAACUAUUCCGACCUGGCGAUUACGAUAAUAUGAUCAUGGAGCGAAACUACGAAGAUUUGUGCGGUUACGGUCUUUGCCCCCGCAAGAAUCGCAAACAGGUCGGCGCUACGGGCUCAACCUUCCACUUCAAGUACGGCGCAAAGGGAAGCGGUCCAGGUGGCCGUGGUCGCGCGGUGGAUAUUGUCCCAAGGGAAAAUUUGGAAAAGUGGUGCUCGGAUGAAUGCGCGGAGCGAGCUCUGUUCAUUCGCGUGCAGCUUUCGGAGCAGCCUGUUUGGGAGAGACGGGCGGAUGAAACUGAGGAUAUCAGAAUUGAGCUUCUCGAGGAAUCGAGAGAGAGACGACAAAGGCAGAAGCAGAAGCAGAAGCAAAAACAACAGCUGGAAGCUGGAAGUUCAAAGUCGGCUUCGGCGGUCCCUCAAAGUAGCGAAUCGGAUAUAACGGCUGGGUUGAGGGAUUUGAAGAUCCAGGAAGCUGGACGAUCUCAGGAGCUUGCUUUGGAACGUGGCGAUACCGGCUUAUCUCUUCGAAAAGGUCGUGUUGACGUCCAACUCAAAGAGAAGGAACCUUCAUCGCAAUCGGCUCCCACCGCUCCACAGUUGGGUCCCGGUGAUGAAAUGGGAGGGUCUAUUGAAGGAUAUAUUCCCCAAGAACAGCUCGAAGAGUCGUCUAAUACCCUUAAGGACAGAGACAUCCUCGAUCAGCUCUGA